GCGUCAUCUGGGUGGAAUGUUUUGAGCGGAAUUAGCAAUUAGCAUCCCCGCCCUAAACUGCCGUAUUAAAAGAAAACCACAAAACGGACACAUUUGCUGUGGCACCAGCUCUUGCAGAAAGUGUUUAAUUUACCACGAUGGGUUGCUUUGAGAGCAAACCCGACCAGCAAGUACAGCCGGUUACCGUCCGAUCACCUACGGACAUCUUCUGGCUUGUGCUGUACGUCGUCUUCUGGAUUGCAUUGAUCGUAAUCGCAAUCUUUUCCUUCAUCUACGGAAAUCCGCUACGCAUCAUCAAUGGGUACGAUUCCUUCGGCAACACGUGCGGCGUUCGCAGCAACAAUAAGUUCUCCAAUUUCCCCAUGUCCGGCAUGAAUACGGAGGACAAACCGUACCUGUUUUUUCUCGACAUUAAGGAGCUACGCCAUACGUUGAAAAUUUGCGUCAAAGAAUGUCCGCAGCGAGAAAUUCUAAAUGCGGCCGAACUGUAUCGUUACUACGAAGAUCGGAAGGCGAAAUAUUGUCGGUACGAUUUUAAUAUGAGCAUGCUGCAAACGCAGGAUGCUAAUGGUGCGAAAUAUUUUGACUUUGCUGGGCCAUGUCCACCGUUUCCGGUGUAUCAGUCGGCACCCGUACUGCACCGUUGCAUACCGACCGGGGUAAAUGCACCGCUUCAGCAGGUGAAAAAGAUGUACGCGCUGAUCAACUCCUGGGAGGCUACACAGCAGGUGUUCAGCGAUCUGUACAAAGCGUGGCCAACGGUUGUGCUCGUGUGUGCGCUAAGCUUGGUAUUUUCGAUCAUAAUGAUUGCGCUGCUGCAUUGGCUCGCUGCGAUCGUGUCGUGGCUGAUCUGCAUCAUCGUCGUGGUGGCCAGCAUUGGUAUUACGGGCGUGCUUUGGUGGAGUUAUUAUAAGGCAAAGCACACGCUCGAUACCGACCAGCAGCUGUCCUAUCUGGAGGAGCUGGUACGCAAUGAAACCACCAUCUAUGUGCUCGCGAUCGCAGCCACCUGCAUCAUGAUCAUCCUGCUCGUGGUUAUCUACUAUCUGCGGGAGAAGCUGACCGGGCUGGCAGCGCUGUUCGAAGAAGCCGGUAAAUGCAUGCUGCAGCUGCCGGGUUUGGCCGGUCCUCCGUUGCUUGCCUUCCUGGCACUGUCCAUCUUUCUUGUGUUCUGGGUUGUGGUGGUCGUGUGCUUAGCAACGGCCAACUAUCCCGGUGUGAAGCCGUUGCUUCCGUUGGCACAGCUUGAGGAAAACCCGUCGGUGGCGAACGACACGAAAUUGAAGCCAGAAUUUGUGGGCAAGAAUGAUACUAACUUCAAAUCGUUUAAAUUGGUUGAAUAUCACGACGUGAACGCACUGCGCCACAUGCUGUGGAUCUACAUCAUUGGGCUGAUCUGGACGAGUGAGUUUAUUUUCGCCUGCCAACAGCUGGCCAUUGCCGGGGCGGUUGCUUUUUGGUACUUCCGUAAGCCGACCGAUUCACCGGUUUUACUUGCGAUCGCCAAGCUGGUCAAGUAUCAUCUCGGAUCCGUCGCCAAGGGUUCGUUCAUCAUAACGAUCUUCAAAAUUCCACGUCUCAUACUGACCUAUCUGUAUGCCAAGUUGAAACGUCACCAGCAGGAAGGGUCCGAGUGUGCUAGCUGCUGUUUACGGUGCUGUAUUUGCAGCUUCUGGCUGCUGGAGAAGUUCAUCCGCUAUCUCAACCACAAUGCGUACACCGUGAUCGCGAUCGAGGGUGUGAACUUUUGCCCAGCAGCAAAGAUUGCCUGGAAUGCACUCGUGACCAAUGCGCUGCAAGUGGCCACCAUCAACGGUGUUGGGGAUCUUGUGCUGUUCCUCGGCAAGCUAGCCGUGGCAGCGAUUUGUGGACUGAUUAGCAUUCUGCUGCUGCGUGACAAUCCCGAUAUGCACUUUUACAUGGCGCCAGUUAUUAUUAUUACCGUGUUUGCAUUCUUUAUCGCUCACAUCAUAUUGUCACUUUACGAGAUGGUUGUCGAUACGCUGUUUCUUUGCGUGUGUGAGGAUCGCACCAUCAACGGCAACAGUGGCCGCUGGAAGGAAAGCAAUCUGGCUCGGCUGCUGGGUGAAGCACCGGAACCGGAUGCGGUUGAGGCACCGAUGCAGGAGGUGCAACUAACGCCCAUCACGAAGCAACCAUUUUCCGCUCAAUUCCUGCAGGCCGAGAUGGAAAACAGUAAGGCUUAGGAUGUACUCUCGGCAUAGCAUGAAGGAAUGUGCAUGCGAUUAGUAGAGCAUAAGUUUCAAAUAGUGUGUAUGAUACGACGAUCCGUAUAGCUUCACAAUCUUCAUCAAUAUUUAUCUACAUUGGCGAACAUUAUUCGGCAUCAAAUGUGUACUUAGAACGGCGUCUUACGACACACACUACUACAAUCUAGUGGAUGUAUGUUUGUAAAGCGAUUGCUAGCCACAAAAAUCUCAUACGCACAACUAAAGACACAUACAAUACUCGUUCACAGCUCAGGUCAUCAGUGUCCAAUUUUUGCUACAUCUAUUUAAUUAGUAAAACAAUAUUUCCCCAUCGUAUAUUACACGGUUUCGACAUUAUAAAAUCUGUCCACAUGAUGUAGUUUAAGUUUUUCGGAAUACUGUAAUAUGUAAUCGGUAUAGCAUUUAUACAUUAAGAGCAACGCAACAAUCGAACGCGCUCAAACGCACAACAAACCAGUACGAACCAACGAUACAAUUGAUUGCAACAAAACGUUCUUCUCAAACACUAGCGACGACGUGCUUCCCAAGAGUUUAUUGUGAGGCAAAUGCAGCAAAAGAGACAGGAAUACCAAACACCUGUCGACCGAUUAGGAACGUGGGAACCUAUUUACAAUACUGAUGCUUAUUGCAACGUUAAUAUUGACUGUUGAAUGUUUAUCGUACACGCAGGAUACGCAUUUUGUAUGACCGGUUAUAUAUUUUUUUCUUAGUUUUGUAUUAACUAUACAUGAAUUCUACAUCACGAUGGUGAGGAGAAAGAUGAACUGUUUGCUAUAUAUUGCUACAUGAGAACAACUGUGCUAAUUGAAUUAAACUGAAUAAAACUUUGCACUUGCCGUUGCAGUUAA